AUGUGCCUUGCUCUGAUAUUUCGACUUAGUAACAAUGGCGCAAAAAGGCAUCUCCUUUCCAUAAAUUGCACCAAAUUUCAGCUCUUUUACUACUCCACAGCUCCAGCAAAUGUUACAAACAGCAGCAAUUUAUUGGUUGAUUUGCUAGUUAACUCGGUUGGAUUCUCCAAAGAAAAAGCUAUUUCUACUAGCACUAAGGUAACUUGCUUGAAACCCGGAAACAAUAAGCCUAAUUUAGUCCUCAAUUUCUUCAAACAAAUUGGUUUACACAAAACCCAGAUUAAAACCCUUGUUUCUGCAUACCCUGGAUUGCUAUUUUCUGAUGUUGAUAAUACCCUUAAACCUAAAAUUAAGGUUCUUCAAGAAGUUGGCUUAUCUGGGUCGAAUUUAACUAGAGUAAUUACAAAAAGUGGUGCUUUGUUUCAUACAAGUCAUGAUACUUGUAUUAGAAAUCUUGAUUAUCUUCGAGAAUUAUUAGGUAGUGAUGUUGAUUCCGUAGCUGUGGUUAUAAAAAGAGCACCUUGGUUAUUUUCUCGGAAUCUCCCUAAAAUAAUGCCACCCAAUAUAUUGUUGUUAGAGAGAGUAGGAUUUUCAAGAAUAGAUAUUAACAAGUUUUUUCUUAAUCAUCCGUUGGGUAUGGUUCAAAAGACUGAGUGGCUUGAGAGCGUAGUGCGUCGAGUGGAAAAGGAUUUUGGCAUUCCUAGAGGGUCCCCUAUGUUUAAACAUGGAAUUGAAGCUAUUGUAAAUUUUGGUGAGUCUACACUAAAGAUGAAACUAGAGAUUUUCAGGAGUUUUGGAUGGUCGGACUCUGAUAUUCUCACAAUGGUGCAAAAGCUUCCUUACUGUUUGACCGCGUCUGAGGCUAAGCUUAGAAAUGGAUUGAAGUUUUUCAUGAAUGAACUUGGAUACAAGUCUACUUAUAUCGCCAGUCACCCUAUACUUUUGAAGUUCAGUUUGGAGAAAAGGGUCUUGCCAAGGAAUGAAAUCUUCAAACUUCUCAAGGAGAAGCGACUUUUAAGGAGGAGGCUAUGUCUUUACACUGUCGUGUCAUAUCCGGAAUCAAAGUUUAUAGAGAACUAUGUGUUGCCGUUCAGUUGGAGUAAAGAUGCUAAACCCGUUCCUGACUUUGUCAUCAGAUGCUAUGUAGUUCAUUCUUGUAAAGACAUAAUGCUAUUUCCUUUAGUCAAGAUUGAGGUGAAAUUCAAAGGCAUGGAUGAAAGUAGUUUCAAUUAUGAGGCGACAUCUGCUCAGGUUACUGAAUUCUUUGGUGUUUGCUCUGCUACUUCUUCUGUCAUUUGUCUAGUAAAUACCAUGUUUAGCAAUGGCAGAUCUAGAAGCUAA